AGGCCAACUUGAAUGACUCUCAUAAUCAGAUGGUGGUCCACUGGGCUGGUGAGAAGAGCAACGUCAUUGUAGCCCUAGCCCGAGACAGCACAGCAGCCACCGGGCCCAAAACCAGUUCUGUCUAUGUUUCGUACAACUAUGGGACAACUUUCAUACCGGUGUCGGCCAACUUCCAGCUCUCUGAAGCGAAGGCCAAGAACGGCAGUAAGCAGGUCAUCUCUCAGUUCUACCACAGCCCUGUAGACAACCGCAGGUAUCUGUUUGUGGACUCCACCAACAACUAUUUGUGGAGCACAUUUGACUUCUGUAAGACGGUGCAAGGCUUCUCCAUCCCGUUCAGACCCACUGACCUGCUGCUUCACCCAACACGCUCCAACCUGCUGCUAGGAUAUGAUGGCUCCCAUCCCAACAAACAGUUAUGAAACAACGCUUCUGUACUUCACAUGAAACUGAUGAGAUCUACCUUGUUGCUGUGGAAGUCAGACGACUUUGGGGAGACGUGGGUGUUGAUCCAGG